CAGGGGGCAGGGGACAGUGAUGGUGGUGGUGGUGCUGGAGGGAACAGAGAGGCCAGGUGGCAUUUGGAGAGCCAGCAGAAAGCAGCAGAUUCCAGCAGAGUAAACUGAGGCGAGCUUAAUAAGAUGGCUAUUUAUAAAAGCGGGGGCAGGGCAACGUCGGAGGCUUGGGGACCAGUUCUACAAGGAAGCCAUCGAGCACUGCCGGAGCUAUAACUCGCGGCUCUGCGCAGAACGCAGCGUGCGCCUCCCCUUCCUGGACUCGCAGACUGGGGUGGCGCAGAACAACUGCUACAUCUGGAUGGAGAAGAGGCACCGCGGUCCAGGCCUCGCCCCGGGUCAGCUCUACACAUACCCUGCCCGCUGCUGGCGUAAGAAGAGAAGAUUGCACCCGCCCGAGGAUCCGAAGCUUCGGCUGCUGGAAAUAAAACCUGAAGUGGAGCUGCCCCUGAAGAAGGAUGGCUUUACCUCAGAAAGCACCACCCUGGAAGCCUUGCUCCGUGGUGAGGGUGUUGAGAAGAAGGUGGAUGCCAGAGAGGAGGAAAGCAUGCAGGAAAUACAGAGGGUUUUGGAAAAUGAUGAAAAUGUAGAAGAAGGAAAUGAAGAAGAAGAUUUAGAAGAGGAUAUCCCCAAGCGCAAAAAUAGGACCAGAGGACGGGCCCGUGGUUCGGCAGGUGGCAGGAGGAGGCACGACGCUGCCUCUCAGGAAGACCAUGACAAACCUUACGUCUGUGACAAGAGUUACAAACAAAAGCAUAACUCAAAAUCCUCCGACAAAGUCUGCGGCAAGCGCUACAAGAACCGGCCAGGACUUAGCUACCACUACGCUCACACUCACCUGGCCAGUGAGGAGGGAGAUGAGGCUCAAGACCAGGAGACCCGCUCCCCGCCUAACCACAGAAAUGAGAACCACAGACCCCAGAAAGGACCGGAUGGGACUGUUAUUCCCAACAACUACUGUGACUUCUGCCUGGGGGGCUCUAACAUGAACAAGAAGAGUGGGCGGCCUGAAGAGCUGGUGUCCUGUGCAGACUGUGGACGCUCUGGUCACCCAACCUGCCUGCAGUUCACUCUGAAUAUGACGGAGGCUGUCAAGACCUACAAGUGGCAGUGCAUAGAAUGCAAAUCCUGCAUCCUUUGUGGAACCUCAGAGAAUGACGACCAGCUACUCUUCUGUGAUGACUGUGACCGUGGCUAUCACAUGUACUGUUUAAAUCCUCCAGUGGCUGAGCCCCCAGAAGGAAGCUGGAGCUGCCACCUGUGCUGGGAACUGCUCAAAGAAAAAGCCUCAGCCUUCGGCUGCCAAGCCUAGGGCCCCGGGUCGCAGACUGUGACCUGCUGCUGGAGAGGCUGAGGCAGAGCCCACUUCACACCGGAUCAAGUCCCCACUCCCAUCUAUCCAGACAGACCGACUGUAAGGAACACCCGUGGUCAUGGAGGGCAUGGACAUGUGGAACCGAGAGGGUGAGGUGUCUGCUUACCCCCUACACGCAGGUUCCAGUACUUCUGUCAGCCCCUCCUUGCUUCCACCAGAAGGAUCUUUCACGUUUGAAGAACACCCCUGGCCCCGGCCCUGUGGAACCCCCUCACAUUUACCCCGGCCCUGGUUCCCAUUUUAAGGGAAGCUGUUUUGUGACCACCGAUCAGUCACUCACGUGUCGUUUGGUGUUUUCUAUCUAUUGUGUUCCAAGAAAUCUUCACGCAGCCUCCCGCCUCCUGCUUCAGCUCUUUAUCCUGAACUCAGCAGAGGGACAAAAGGCUGUGGAGAAGUUGUUAUUUAUUACCAGCCUCCCUGGAAACUUCUAGACUCGGAGUCGGGAGGCCAUCUUGACGAUGAAAAUCCCUCUUUGUUCCUUGGUCUCUGUGAAGAAGAAAAGCGGUUUUCUGGACCCCUUGCAGAUACACCUAGUGGUGUCUGCAGCCAGGGGGGUCCCCUGAUGGGGCUGGCGAGGGAAGUAGAAGUGCUGAGGGGUGGGCAGAGACAUUGGGAAGAAAAUUCAGAGGCCCUGCCACAGCCGAUCAGUAGUUGUUACCCAUCGGGAGUGGCUUUGCAAGGGGUCAGGCUUUUGGGGUUCCUUGACCUUCGGAGCUGGGACAUCCUUGAGGUGAGACAAGCCACAGCCUAUGGCGGGGGAGGAUGCUGAGGCUCUGCCUCCCAACCAGCCCGGGUCUGGAGCUUUCCCUGGUGGGACUCAAGAGCCGGGAAGGCGGGUGAAGGCUGCGCAGUCCGGAAUCUGCAUGUCGGCACAAAGGACUGCAGCUCUGCAAAGCCCUUCAGUACUGUUUUGGCACCACAAAUUCCUUUUCCCAAGUAAUUUCUCCUUCUACAUGGUGUGUGUUUGCCACUGUCUACUGACACCGGACUCUGGAGAUUUUAGGACGGGGAAGAGAGGAUUGUCACCUAAACAAAUAACGGGGUGAUGGGGUGAUUUAUGAUCACGGUGGCAACGGUACAGAAUCCUCAGCUUGAGGGCUGCUCUUGCCCCCCCCACCCCCCAAACUCCCCAAUUAUGUGCCGGAGUCUUGUUUUCCAAAGAUGUUUUGAGAAGAAAGAGGUGGGAGGCUGAGCUUCCGAGAAGUCUGCGUUGGAAGUCAGCCCCGAGGGCGGGAGCGGCCCGGGCUGUCUUUGAAUCUCGGUGGCAGUGGCAAUGGCAGCAGCACACAAUAACUGACACAUUUCUGGAAAAAUCAUUUGCCCAAAGGGCAGGUCUCGGCAGCGGACCCUGGCGCAUGCUCGGCUUCCCUGAAAUCAGCUCCGUCCCCGUGGCCCGGCCCUUCCAACAAAGGCCGAGGUUAUUUUUACUCCUCCAGCUCCCGAAGAAGCCCCUGGGGGCUCGGGCUGGUUGGGCCACUUCUGCCCGCCUGUCGUGUCAGCUCCACCGCUUGGCAGGAGCCUCCCUCCUGGGCUAAUUGCUCUUGGCCAGUGGACCCGGGGCGGCCUGGCGUGGGGCCGAGCCACGCUGGACCCCCCAGUCCCUUGCAGGGUGACUUGUGGCAAGAGACGGGGUCAUCUCCUGAGGGGGCCUGUGGCCUCCAAGGGAGCUACACGCCUCCCUAAAGAUCUCGUUUAAAGGGCCCCGUCCAGAUGGGAUUUUCAUCUUCCUCACCAGAUACUUCCUUCCGCCUCCUGGUCGGGAAACCUGUUUGGGAUUCCGGAGGUCCGGGAGGGCUUGGGAAGCUGCCGCACCAUCUUGUCCCCUGUUUACCCAGUGGUGUCACAUCAGAGGAGCAGAUUUCGUCUCCCAACUGCUCUGGCUGGCUGUCCUCCCACAAACCCCAAGUGGGGUGUCCUCAAAGGCUGAUUAUUGGUUUUGAAGAUCACUUUGACUUGAUUUUAGAAAAAAAGUUAGCAAAAUGUUCCCAAAUGCCACAAUGGCUUCAAAGUUUAAAAAGCAAGUCUGAAACCCCUAGCUGUCGUCCUGCUACUUGACAAGUCCUCUUUGGAGUGUGUACAAAUUCCUUCCCCACCUCAGUGCAGAUGUUGGGGUGGCCCUGUUCUACCUCCAUCGCACCUGCUGCCACAGAAGCUGUGAAGAGGGAUUGGGCCUUGCGAGGGAGGGUGCUGUAACCCAGCAGUGGGGAUGGGGUUGGGUGCUCCGGGCUCUGGAAUGGACGUAAAGAGGGUCCAGAGUCUCCUUCCCAGUUGCAUUCCCUAUAGGAUGGGUCCAACUUCUUCCCUUUUUGGAGGUCUCAGUUUCCCCAUCUGGAAAGUGGGGAUAGCAAAGCCAGCUUGUGGAACAGCACUUUUGUGGUACUGCAAGCAGACAAAACCUCCAGAGUCCCAUUUAUCACUUUUUGUACUGAAACAAGGAAAGGGAUGGUAAACUUCCAACUGGUCUUUUCCUGAACCCCAGAGAAUGAACUAGAAUCAUGGGGUGCACGUGGAUGAUCAGGGCUUGAACCUCAGUCUGCCCACCUAUGAAACAGAGAUAAUAAUACUUGCCCUGCCCAUUCCACGGUGACAUUGGGAGACUGAAGAAAGCAUAAUGUUAUAUAAAUAACCACUGGAAAGCAGGGCCUUCCAAGGGAUCCCAAAUGAUUUCUAUACCCCCUUCUUGUGUGAAUUAGCCAAGGUUAGAUGCCUUCUCAGAAUCUCCCUUUUGACCAAAAUGGGUUUAUGUUUUAGGGGCUAGGCUGCCUGUGGACAGAGCCAAUAGGUCAAAGCUGUGACAAGGACCUGCGCGUGGGUCUCCUGUUGGUGGGAGGUGAGGGAUUUACUCUGGGGUUGGGGAUUUCAGAAAGAAGAUUCUUGGGAUACUCCCUUCUAGAUCAUCACGACCUAGAAUGGGGAGCCACCUCCUGGAGAGGGCUAUAAUUCAGUUCAGUGUAACAGGCACUUAGAAACUUGGAUGUAGAGCCCAGCUCUACUACUUUCUGGCUGGUUGACCUUGGGCAAGUGACUUCACCCGUCUGAGGCUCAUUUUCCACAUCUGUAAGGUAGGGAGAUACGGCCCGUCCAGCAGAUUGUUGCCGGGAUUAGCACUAGUGCUGCUGAAGGGCCUGGCAUGGGGCCUGGCGUGAUGGAGGCCCCCGCACUGUGGUAUCUCUCGUCACUGGGUCCAGAGGCCACCCGGUGGAGAUAAUGAUGCCCUUGCCUGCCAGCUCGAGUCCCUAGAAUAGCCAGAGUGCCUUUACUCUGCUUCACCCCAAUAUUGUGGCUCCACCUGGCCAGAGAGGAGAUGAGGCUGCAGGAUCCAGGCCAGAAGCUGAAACCCUCUGUGUUUGAAACCCCGCUUUUGGGGCCUGCAGCAAAUCCAGUGCAGGCGACAUUGUGAGGAUAUCCAGACAAGGCCUCUGCUAGGAGACUGACAUUCAGAUUUCCUCCCCCCACCCCCCAUCCCAUGACUUAAAGCACCUAGAGCAGGAGCCGGGGGUCCCCAGGGCCAGGUGGGAAGGCCAUGCAGGCUGCAAGGAGUGGCUGCUUCCCCAGCCCGCUCAGACGCGAGGCUGGAACUAGGGUAGUGAGCCGUGGGUGGGUGGGAAGGAGGCCAGAUUCCUCCAGAGCUGGCGAAGAUAACAGGUUUUAAGGUUGGGGGAGGGUUUGGAUUUCACAGUGAUGGUUUCAUGAUACCCCGGAGACUUACACUCGUGCUGCAUUUUAGGCUUUGUGCUUUGAACACAGCACGAUUCCUCCCGGCCCUCCCCUUUAAAAGUUCAGAUAUUUUAAGGACGAAAAAUGAGAUGAUUAUUAUUACCUUUCCUAUUGGGGCAAGUUUAGGAGACAGACCUGUGCUCUUGAAGAGAGAUUACUGGCAACUUCAGGCUUUAGACUCAGAGGGCCCCUGGUUUCCUCUUUGAGUCUGUGGUGCGUGGGGGAGACCCCCUGUACCCCCCUGCUGGGAGCCCCAAGGACCACCUUCCCUGUCCUUGGGCUGGUUCUCAGCCUGCUACAUGUGCAGGGACAGCAGCGUCCCUUCCUCUCUCACUCCCUGACACUCCUCCCCAGUGCAGGCCCCUCCUCAGGACGUGCCUGUGUCACCCCCACCCCACCCCCACAGGGAAGGGCUGGCUCCCUGGGCCAGAGCCAUGCUCAUGCUCCCAGCAAAGACGCCCAACAUGCCACAGCUGACUCCUUUUCAGAGCUGUGCAUUGAUGUCACCUGUAGUGGGUUCGUUAUUGUGCAGGAGGAGGGAGGAAUGGGGGCCCAGAGGAAGGAGAUGGGGAGGGUCAAAGGUCCUUCAUGUCAGGCGAAGCCAAAUGAAGAGAAGGGAGAGGAGGGCACUUGAGGAGGGCCCAGAAACCUGAUUUACACUUCGAAGUCCUGGAGCUAAAUACCUAAAGGAUGUGGGGUGGGGAGGCAGAGUGCUGCCAACUGCUAGGGUGCCUUGGAUGUGGGAGGAUGAACAGAGCCCCCAGAUGGACAGACUGGGGGCUUCCUUCGAGCCUCUCAGCAGCUGCUCUUAGGAAGGCCUGGCUGCGUGGCCCCCUCUCCAUACUUUCUGCACAGGCUGCCGGGAAGAGAGGCCCAAAGGAAGCACCUCCAGGAAACGGUGAUGGGGAAGGAGGGGGUCUGGGCCUGGCCCCGUCCUCCUCCAGUUGGUUUCCUAGAAUGAAUGGGGGGCUCCCUGUGUGAGAGGAAAGGUCUGGAAGUUGGUGGAUUCCCAGGGAAGGCUGUCUCUGGGCUCUGAGUGAGGCUUGGCCGUGUCCCCACAGAUGGCUGAGACCGGAGGUAACUCCCUAGGAUCCUAUGCGGCUGUGGGGUGGGCGGCGGGUUCGUGGAUAACAGGGGGCAGAGGGUACAGGAAUGCUUCUUGGUCAGGCCCUUUGUUCACAACUGCCUUCCUUUCUUUGCUUCAGUGCCUUGAAAGAGGGUCACUCCAGGGUUUCUCCCCUCUUUGGCCCCACCAAGAGAAGGAAGCGUUUGUGCUGAUGGUGACAUUUCCCAGGCCAGGCCAGAGGAAGGCAGGAACCAGGACUGGCAGGCAGCCAGAACCCUAGUCGACAGAGAUAUAAAUACUAAUGAUGACCUCUAGCCCAGGCAGCGAGCAAAGUGACCAUUCAGGACGGCCCCAACCCACUCUGGCGCAUACAUGCUGCCGGGGUGGGAAGAGGGGGGGUCCCCGUAGGACUUGGGGGAGGCCCCUGAGCCCCUAUGUUUCCCCUCUGCACCCUCUCCAGGUUAUACUCACACCCACUGCAUCCUGUUUGCCUGCCUCUCUGCAUCUCCAUUAUUUCUAUCGAUGUUAUCAAUAUUGAUGAUGAAAACAGAGACACACACGCACACAAAUGAAAGUGUGUGCUUCACUUAACAAAUGAAAGUGAACCUUCUGUGUUGCUCCAGGAUAAGAGGGAGAACCUGCUUGUCACGGGGGAUCUUUCCCUGCCGUCCAGCCAGGCCCACCCCAGGUCCCAGCCCCUGCACACUUCCGGGAGUUGUAUGGGGAGCCUCAGGCUCAGAGGGCCACUGGCGCAUGGACUCCUUCCCCUCUUCCCUCACUUCUGCUUCUUUGGGGAAACAGGUUUAGCAAUGGAUGUGGACUUGGAAGCAAAAGUCUCAAUUCUGCUGUCAAAGGGAUGAGCAGAUUUUAUGGCUGGAAUUGGGAUUGCGGUUCUUAUUGACUUCGCCCUUUCGUGUUUACUCCCCGCCAAGACCUUGGUUCUCUUCUUGCAUGGCCUCCCUCCUCCUUUCCUGCACCUGCCCCCCCUUCCCUCCUGCCAAGAUGCUGAAGGGUGGGGUGAUGAUGAGAACAAGCAGCAGUACAAAAGGAAAAGAAAACUAUAUACCCUCUGUGUAUUUUCAACAUGUAGCUGAAGAGGCCUAAAUUAGGUACUAGGGAAAAAGGAAGGAAUCAUUGCUAGAUAACAUGUGAGAAAAAAAUAAAAAAUAAAAAUAAAUAAAAAUAAAAAUAAAAACAUGUGAGAGAAUGAAACCAUAGAAUGGUUAGCUCAGAGCAGAGGAGGUGGGAGCAGGUGGCUGGAGAGGGGGUGGGGAGACAGCGAGCCCUAGCAUCUGGUCCCUCUGGCAUUUGGGAGAGCAGAGAAGUCACGCUGUGGCAGUAAAUGGUCAGAUGCUUUGGGAGCAUUUGUGUCUUUGGCUGGGGAAAAGGAGAGAUGUCCAACCUACUUGCUCACUACUCAUCUGCAGGUUUGCCCACAGGGUGUUUUUGCUCUGAAGGAAAAUGAGCCCAUUUCUUGGCCACCAAGAGGGAUUGCUGGGCAGGCCGGUACUGGCUAAAAUGCUUGGCAGGACACCCACUCUGUGCAGGGCAACAUACUAGGUCCUAUAGGGGUUAGAAAAAUAAACCACAUCCUGGCCCAGGCUUCAACCUGCUUUUGGGUUCCAAAAUUACACUCUCCCAUGGCAUUCUGAUCACAUGUCAGGUAGUGGAUCAUCAGGGAAGGUGUGUGUCGACCUAGGUCCUUCUUUUUGUGUUCAUGCAUGUUCAUGGAUUGAAGAUGAGCUGGCUAAAGUGUCCAGUUGUUUCUACUCUCUGGGGGUUGAGGGGAAGAACACAGUUGACCUCAACCUAGUUGCUUGUGUCCAUCUGCCCAAGCACUGGCUGCCCUUGGAAGGUGACCAUCUUUACCAUGAACCUCAGCGAUGAUGAAGGGUUGGAGUGGGCCGAAUGGCCAGAGGCAACAGAGGUCAUGCCCUUCAAAUGCUGGAGUGGGCUCCUGGGGUGGUGAGUGGGGAGGUGUAAUUGGCAGGGCCUGAUGAGAGCUGGAAAGUGACUCCUUUCACGGUCUUGUCCCGUCCCCACUAGAAAGAGCAGAGGAGAAUGGUGGGAUGAGGGCCUCAUGCUCAGACUGGGUGAACUCCCCCGGAGACCCCCACCAGCCUGUCUCGGCCUCCUGCAUGAUUCAGGUGUGGCAGCAGGAGGUGGGCAUGGGGAGGGGCCCAACGUUGGAAGCAUUUCCAGCAAAGCUCGUGUGCCCACCUUUGGCCAGGUGCUCAUCGGAUCCUGACUUCAUGCUUCAGUAGACCCACUGUUGUCUGAAUCUAUAGCAUCAGGAAUAAACCAUUUGCUCAAUCUCCCUUUUCUCUGCACAUGUGACAGCCAGAUUUCAGCUCCUCGCUAUUCCCUGAGGCACUCACACUGAGCUCGCCUUCAAGCUGGAUGCCUGGGCUCCGGGGAAGGCACGUAUCUGCCCCGGUUGGGUGUUAGUGCGGAGCUGGCCUGAAGCAUCCCUUGGUUUGUCUGCUGGGGGCUGGGGGAGUGGGGCGGGAAGGCUCCUUGGGGUCCCUGGACAGCACCUGGCUCCAAGGAGGCAGAAUUUUGGUUAUGUCUGUGAGAGACUCGGGGACAUAAGGCUUUCAUGAUGCUGGGCUGCCAGGCUGGUUUUAAAGUGCUUGAGAACCUGCAGUGUAUUCUAGGCUUUGACCCACUGCCCAUAUGAAAGCCUUCAGUUCUUUUGAACCGAGCCUCCUUUGAAUGACCCUGAUUCACCCUGUCUCUUGUGCUGGUGGCAGGGCAGAGGCAGUGGGGGGGGGGUCAUUUGACUUGGAUCCCGUCCAGGCCAGACUGGCAGCACCACUCCCAAGCAGCCGGCUUCAGACUCUGAGCCCACUGGUGCCCCGAGCUCCAUGAGGGAUGGACCCGGGAGCGGGAGAGCUCUGCUGGCCCCGUGGGCUUAGCCUGGAGACGGUCUCUCCUCCCACCUCCGCUUAUGUAGACUGUCAGGCUGAGAACGGUCAGCUCAGACCCCCUCCCAGCCCGACGCUGACCCACUAGACCAAUUAGGAAGCAGACACUGGAAAGGGAGACUGGCCUGUGCAUGUGACACAUGGACUGGUGCAGGUAGGUCCACCCACCGUGUGUAUAGGCUGAGGGCAAUUUUAAAGCCCAGUUUUGAGAACAUUCUCUUUUGAGAGCCAAGAAAUGGAGCAUCUCUGCCCAGAAGCCAAAAGAAAUUGCUGUCCUUCUAGUCGCUGGAUGCCCUGCUGUGCUUCUCCUCAGGAGGAGGCUGGUUCUGGUGGCUUUGGUGAUGACUGCCACCACAUACGAAGCCUGGAGUUCUGGGUGCGCUGGGGUAGAAAGGAUGAAGAGGUUCUUUACAAGGAGGUGCCUCCCCAGCUCCGCAUAGGUUCUGGGAAGGGCACGGAAGCCCUUUGGUUGGCUCAGAGUUGGAGAAGUGUGGGAAGGGCUUGGUCUCUGCUGCUCUCCCUGCUGGUGAAUAGACCCUGGGUGCCUUGCAGCCUCAGGAAUUUACUGCCCUCAGAUGGCUUGGGCUGUAUUUGGAAAGGAUAGCCCUGGAAAUGUUCUAGUGACCUCCUAUUGCUAUGUCUCCACUGAUAUCUCUAGACCUAUAGACAUGAUGAAACUCAGAGUCACUUUCUUCCAGGUAUAGGCACGAGAGAGAGAAGCCUUUUCAAUAGCUCAUUGCCAUCUUUCCAAAGUGCUUUCUUGUGUCUUAUAUUCUCUCACCCCACCCUAAUCCCGCCCCAGCUUUUCUGAGACUCCUAGUCAUACAAGAAUGGCUGAGAGGGCUGGCCUUGGCGGUAGAAAUGCCUGCUACCAAGGGUCUUCCUUUAUGUUCCCUUGGACUCCCUCCCCAUUUGACCUUGGGUUCCAACACUGCAUUACCUCCUGCUGACUGGACAACUUAGGGUUUUUGCCUUGAGCUGCUCGGGGACAUUGGACAGUAUCCAGAACUGAGGAGGGCACGGCUUUCAUGAGACUGGAGAGCAGGGCUACAGGCUUAGGAAGUUGUACGUAAUGGUCUGAAGAAGAGAUUCCCCAUUGGCUCCUCUGAAAAGCAACCACAGCAACAGGCAAGCCAACAGAAGCCCCUUGCCCCACCCCUGACUCUUUCAGGUGUGAUGUGAUGUAGUCUCAGUGUGUAGGUGUGUGUGCACCCGUCUGCUCCUCCCUCCUGGGGUGCUCUCUUUCUCCCGUGUGUCAAGUCCCCCCUCUUUUGUGGCACCCGAAGUGAAGAGUGCUGUGCUGUUUCUGCCCUCUCAAGGGAUGUAUUAAGAUCUCUCGUGUUUCAGUAUUGGAGGGGAGGCAGUGCCACCUCUCCCACUGUCCGAAGGGGACACGCAGGUUCUGUGACUUCCCAGAGAGCUGGUGUACUGUGAAAGUUUCCAGGAAGAUCUCCAGGUUGGAAAGAGCCCACAUCCUGAUUUUGGCUCUUCAGGAAGGCUGCCCCAGGAACCAGGACCCCUCCCUCCAGGACCCCUCCCUCCCUUCCUGCCUUUGCUCCUGUCCUGACCUGGUUCUGGGAGGAGGGCCUUGGAGAGUCAAGACCUGGAGCCACCAUAAGGUUGGCAUCAAGCUGUCUAUCUUGGGGCCCCCUGGACAUCCCAGCCCCUUGCACGUUCACAAAGACUGAGUCACAGGCCCCGUCCCUUCUUUGCUGUGGUUAGUAUCUUGUUCUGUGGUUGGUUAGCAGUGUUGAUGACCUAUGUAGCAAAAUUUUUUUGUCUGCAAUUUAGAGAAUGUGUAAACAAAUAAAAGGCUUUAAAACUC